UCUACCUCGGAGUCAGAGUCAUUUAUUGUUCCGCAGUGGAAGUGUAAACGUAUUUCCUUCAAAUGAUGAAGAUUUGUUUGCUUGUUUGGAUUUUGAUUUUAGAUUUUGGUUUUGAUAGUGUGACUUGUGAUAACAUACUAGUGUUGAUGGGUGUACCAUCUCCAAGCCACUUUAUUUGGAUUCACCCGGUGAUAAACAAACUGGCUGCAAAUGGUCAUAAUGUGACGGUACUUUCUGUAAACGUAGAUCCUAAUCCACCCCAGAACACUACGUAUAUUCAUUUGGAGAACACAUAUAACGUGCUGUACGGAAAUGGAACCGCUACGAACAAUAUCAUGGAAAGAUCGGAAGAUAAUCCUUUUGAAGCUGUGAUGUCUGCGUACAAGUUUGGGAUCCUCGGAUGCAUUGGUUGCACAAGUUCGCGGGGAUUCAAAGUAUUACUCAACUAUCCGGACGAUUUUCGCUUCGAUGCUGUUAUCUACGACUGUUCAGCUGGCCCGUGCAUCUCAGGUUUUCUACACAAAUUUGGUUAUCCUCCUUUAAUCAGUGUGUCAGCAUUUGGAUUUCCACCAUUUAGUCCACUUCUCGUUGGUGGUCAUAAACCAUCGCCAUAUUUUGCACUCGCAUAUGACAGCAGAAUGAAUUUCUUUGAAAGAGCAAUGGACUUUCUGGUGCAGAGCUUCGACUCAGUCUAUCAUCGAUGGGUGUUUUUAGCUCGCAUACAAGCGCUUGCACAAUCAGCUUUCAACUUCCCACUACCGUAUUUGAUGAACAUCGAGAAACGCACCCAGUUGAUGUUGGUUAAUUCGAAUCCAAUACUUGAUAGUGCAGAAAUUUUACCACAAAAUGUAAUCCCUGUAGGAGGACUUCAGGUUGUGGAUCCGAAUCCUUUAUCUCAAGACAUUCUAUCAUUCAUUGAAAGCAGUCCAAAAGGAGCAGUUCUUUUUGCAAUGGGUACGAAUUUCAAAAGCAAAAUGUUCACCCGGGAACGGCAGAUGAUGUUUAUGGAGGCGUUCUCUAAGCUACCUGAGUACAAUUUUUUGUGGAAGUUUGACGAAGAGAAUCUUCCGGUUCCUACUCCACCCAACGUCAUGAUACGAAAAUGGCUUUCGCAAAGUGACAUUCUGGCGCAUCCCAAGAUAAGGGCCUUCAUUACACAUUGUGGAUUGCUCGGUACGUACGAAGCUACAUAUCAUGGAGUACCUAUCGUUGCAAUUCCUAUCUACAUAGAUCAGCAUAAAAAUGCUGCACGAUCGAUAAGAGACGGAGCAGGGCUCUCAUUGAGUCUGAGAGCGUUAUCAACUGAGUCAAUUGAGAAAACGUUAGUAAACUUGCUCGGAAACGAUACAUUUCGAAUCAAUAUGCAAAAAAGGUCAGAGCUUCUAAGAGAUCAGCCAGAGAAACCACUCGAUCGCGCUAUCUGGUGGAUUGAGUGGGUUCUCAGGCAUCCACAUGAGUAUCACUCGCGGUCUCCUAUACUUGAUAUGAAUACAAUAGCAAAGAACAAUGUCGAUGUGAUCGGUUGUUUAAUUUUUAUUUGUGUAGCUGAAUUGUAUAUUUUCUAUAGAUUUUUAAGGUGCUUAAAAAGUGUACGGCAAUCUAAUAGUAUUGUUAAUACUAAAAAAUCUCAGUAG